AUGUCCUCUGCUCCAGCCUCCAACUACAAAGUUGCCGACAUCUCCUUAGCCGCCUUCGGUAGAAAAGAUAUCGAAUUAUCCGAAAAUGAAAUGCCAGGUUUAAUGUACAUCAGAAAGAGAUACGGACCAUCCCAACCAUUGAAGGGUGCCAGAAUCGCUGGUUGUUUACACAUGACCAUCCAAACUGCCGUUCUUAUCGAAACUCUUGUUGCUUUAGGUGCUGAAGUUACCUGGUCUUCUUGUAACAUCUUCUCCACCCAAGACCAUGCUGCCGCUGCCAUUGCUGCCUCCGGUGUCCCAGUCUUUGCUUGGAAGGGUGAAACCGACGAAGAAUACUUGUGGUGUAUUGAACAACAAUUAUUCGCCUUCAAGGACAACAAGAAGUUGAACUUGAUCUUGGAUGACGGUGGUGAUUUGACUACCUUAGUUCACGAAAAGUACCCAGAAAUGCUUGAAGGUUGUUUCGGUUUAUCUGAAGAAACCACCACCGGUGUUCACCACUUAUACAAGAUGGUCAAGGAUGCUACCUUGAAGGUCCCAGCCAUCAACGUUAACGAUUCCGUUACCAAGUCCAAGUUCGAUAACUUGUACGGUUGUCGUGAAUCCUUGAUCGAUGGUAUCAAGAGAGCCACCGAUGUUAUGAUCGCUGGUAAGGUUGCUGUCGUUGCUGGUUUCGGUGACGUCGGUAAGGGUUGUGCCAUGGCUUUACAAGGUAUGGGUGCCAGAGUCAUCAUCUCUGAAAUUGAUCCUAUCAACGCUUUGCAAGCUGCCGUUUCCGGUUUCCAAGUUGCUCCAUUAAGUGAAGUUGCUUCUAUCGGUCAAAUCUUCGUCACAACCACCGGUUGUCGUGAUAUCAUCACUGGUAAGGAAUUCGAACAAAUGCCAGAAGAUGCUAUUGUCUGUAACAUUGGUCACUUUGACAUUGAAAUUGAUGUCGCUUGGUUAAAGGCUAACGCUGAAUCCGUUGUUAAUAUCAAGCCACAAGUUGACAGAUUCUUGAUGAAGAACGGUCGUCACUUGAUCUUGUUAGCUGAAGGUAGAUUAGUUAACUUAGGUUGUGCCACUGGUCACUCUUCCUUCGUUAUGUCUUGUUCUUUCUCUAACCAAGUCUUAGCCCAAAUUGCUUUAUUUAAGGCUGACGACAAGAGUUUCAGAUCUGAAUACCCAGAAUUCGAAAAGACCGGUCCAUUCUCUGUUGGUGUCCACUUAUUACCAAAGAUCUUGGAUGAAACCGUCGCCAAGUGUCACUUGGACCACUUAGGUGCCAAGUUGACCGUCUUAAGUGACGUCCAAGCUGAAUACUUAGGUAUUCCAAAGGUUGGUCCAUUCAAGGCUGAUAUCUACAGAUACUAG